AUGAAGAAACACUAUCAUGUAUACGGUGUGGGUGCUGCACUUGUAGACACAGAAAUCAAUGUAACUGAUACCGAUCUUGCGGCAAUGGCAAUCGAAAAAGGUAUGAUGAUACUAGUGGAUGAAGUGCGACGGAAACAAUUACUCGAUAGUCUUGCUGAUCAUCUGGUGUGUUCAAAGCGGACCAGUGGAGGAUCUACAGCCAACGCUAUUAUCGCUAUUGCACAAUUCGGCGGCAAAACAUUUUACACCUGUAAAGUUGGAGAUGAUGACAACGGUCGAUUUUACUUACAUGAUCUACAUACAGCAGGUGUCGAUUGUCAAAUUGAUCAGCGUCACAUUGAAGGUAUCACUGGUACUUGCUUGGUGAUGAUUACUCCAGAUGCUGAACGCACAUUGAAUACGUUUCUUGGUGUCAAUACGACACUAUCGGAACAUGAUAUUGUGUUAGAAGCUAUUGUUGCUUCCGAUUACGUCUACUUCGAAGCCUAUAUGGUGAUGUCACCAAGCAGUCGUACAGCUGCUAUUCGCAUACGUGAAAUUGCCGAACAGAAUGGAGUAAAAAUUGCAGCGAGUCUUUCGGAUUCAGGUGUUGUGUUAGAUUUUCGCGAUGAUUUACGUGAAAUGUUCGGCAAGCAUAUCGAUUUAUUAUUUUGCAAUCGAGUUGAGGCAUUGAAUUGGGCACAAACCGACAAUCUAGAAAUUGCCAUCGAUUGUUUGAAAAAGUUUGCUCGGACAUUUGCUAUUACACUGGGUGCCGAAGGCGCCCUAGUCUACGAUGGCACACAACUGCACACUAUUGCACCUUACAAAGCACAAGCGGUGGAUACCAAUGGCGCGGGGGAUAUGUUUGCCGGUGCGUUUUUAUUCGCCAUUACUCAAGGAAAAGAUUUUUUGACAGCAGGAAAAUUCGCAAGUUUGGCUGCAGCAUCUGUUAUCUCGGAAUAUGGAUCACGUUUGAAUACAACGAAACAGCAACAGAUUUUAGCACAAUGGAACAAUAUUGAGCAAAAUUUUUGA